AUGGCACCCUCUGCGAUUGACGUUGUUGAGCCCACCACCCUCCCUCACAAAGGCGGAGUCCCCGUUGGAAAUGGUAAGACCCAUACCAAUGGCCGCGCCCAACUUGCCGACGGGAAGUGGAAGAACUUCACCUUCGAUGCCAUUCGGGAGUCCCAGGUGGCUCGUGCGAUGUCUCGUCGCUACUUCAACGACCUCGACACAUAUGCCGAGUCUGACAUUGUCAUCGUCGGCGCGGGCUCGUGUGGUCUGAGCACGGCUUACACCCUCGCCAAGGCUCGUCCCGACUUGAAGAUUGCCAUCAUCGAGGCUAGUGUCUCUCCUGGCGGUGGUGCCUGGCUCGGAGGCCAGCUCUUCAGCGCCAUGGUGAUGCGCAAGCCUGCCGACAAGUUCUUGACCGACCUCGGUGUGCCGUUUGAGGACGAGGGGCCCUACGUCGUGGUCAAGCACGCCGCCCUCUUCACCUCGACUUUGCUGUCGAAGGUGCUGGCGUUCCCGAACAUCAAGCUCUUCAACGCCACCUCAGUCGAGGACCUCAUCACACGCAGGGAUGAGUCCGGAAACCUCCGCAUUGCCGGUGUCGUCACCAACUGGACUCUUGUCGCCAUGCACCACGACGAUCAGUCCUGCAUGGACCCCAGCACCAUCAACGCGCCCGUCAUCAUCAGCACUACUGGUCACGACGGCCCGUUCGGUGCCUUCAGCGUCAAGAGACUCGUAAGCAUGCAGGCCAUCGAGAAGCUUGGAGGCAUGAGGGGCUUGGACAUGAACACUGCCGAAGAUGCUAUUGUCAAGGGCACUCGUGAGAUCGUCCCUGGACUGAUCGUCGGAGGCAUGGAGCUGUCCGAGGUCGACGGAGCAAACCGCAUGGGCCCGACUUUCGGUGCCAUGGCGCUUUCUGGUGUCAAAGCUGCCGAGGAAGCUCUGGCUGUCUUUGAGCAGCGCCAGAAGGAGAACGCCAUCUAA